UCAGUUACACGAUCUAACUUGUCCACGUGUAAGCUUCUAAAAGGAUUGUACAUGAAGUCGUCCGACCUUCUUCAUUCCCGCGUUUUCAGGCGCAGAAGUCUUCGUAUUCGCUCUCGUUCCUUGCGAGCUUUCAAAUGAGCGCCCAAUCCCGCUGCUCUUCGGAUCUCAGUCCAGCCGACGCCAUGGAUUCCGGCGAGAAGCGGCUCAAUGAGCUCGGAUACAAGCAAGAGCUCCGGCGAGAGAUGACGUUGUUCAAGACGCUGGCAAUCUCGUUCUCGACUAUGACGUUGUUCACCGGCAUCACGCCGUUGUAUGGAUCCAGCUUGCUGUAUGCCGGGCCGGCGGCGCUGGUUUGGGGCUGGGUCGUUGUCUCCUUCUUCACUUGGUUUGUUGGUAUCGCCAUGGCUGAGAUCUGCUCAUCUUUUCCUACCACUGGUUCUCUGUAUUUUUGGGCUGCUCAUCUAGCAGGUCCAGUAUGGGGUCCAUUUGCUUCAUGGUGUUGUGCAUGGUUGGAGACUAUUGGCCUUAUUGCUGGUAUAGGCACACAGGCUUAUGCUGGAUCACAAGUGUUGCAGAGUAUCAUUUUACUGUGCACUGGGACUAACAAGGGUGGAGGUUAUUUGGCGCCUCGUGGAGUUUUUCUUGCUAUGUAUGUGGGACUUACAAUUAUUUGGGCGAUACUCAACACAUUUGCUCUUGAAGUUAUUGCCUUCAUCGAUAUAAUAUCUAUCUGGUGGCAGGUUAUUGGAGGAUUUGUCAUAGUUAUAAUGCUUCCUCUUGUGGCAUUGAGCACACAAAGUGCUUCUUAUGUAUUUAGUCAUUUUGAAACAGCUCCAGCAUCAACUGGUAUAAACAGCAAGCCAUAUGCAGUAAUUCUAGCAGUUACUGUUAGUCAGUACUCACUAUACGGAUACGACGCUGCAGCACAUUUAACUGAAGAAACAAAAGGCGCUGACAAGAAUGGCCCUAUCGCUAUCCUUUCUAGCAUCGGCAUCAUUACUAUAUUCGGAUGGGCCUAUAUCUUAGCUCUCACUUUCAGCAUUCAGAAUUUUGACUAUUUGUAUGAUACUAACAAUGAGACGGCAGGAGUGUUUGUACCGGCACAAAUACUCUACGAUGCUUUCCACGGGCGCUACCAUAAUUCAACGGGAGCCAUAAUUGUGUUGUUUGUCAUUUGGGGUUCUUUUUUCUUCGGUGGCCUUUCAAUCACUACAAGUGCAGCCAGGGUGGUAUACGCAUUAUCAAGGGACCAAGGGAUACCUUUCUCAUCGAUAUGGCGACAUAUUCAUCCUAAACACAAGGUUCCGGCCAAUGCAGUGUGGUUAUGUGCAGCAAUCUGCAUUCUUCUCGGACUUCCUAUUCUGAAAGUGAAUGUAGUCUUCACAGCAAUUACUUCCAUAUGCACUGUAGGAUGGGUUGGAGGUUACGCGGUACCAAUCUUUGCCAGGAUGAUAAUGCCGGAGAAAAAGUUCAAUCCCGGACCUUUUUAUCUUGGAAAAGCAAGAAGGCCGGUUUGCUUGAUUGCAUUUCUGUGGAUUUGCUACACUUGUUCUGUCUUCCUUCUGCCAACUUUGUAUCCAAUCAAAUGGGAUACAUUCAAUUAUGCACCUGUGGCACUUGGUGUUUGCAUCACAUUGAUAAUGUUUUGGUGGAUUGUGGAUGCAAGGAAAUGGUUCAAAGGGCCUGUGAGAAACAUUGAUGAUCAGAUUGAGAAGGUGUGAAUUCUUUUGUCAUCAUUUUUUUUUUAAUUUAUGUGGACAAGUUUUCUUUUUAAUAUUCUUGAAAUGACAAAGAGUCAUAAAUUUAUAAUGGACAUAAAUGUCAAAGAAAAAGUUCAAAGAAAAGGCUUGUUUGAAGGCCUUUUUGUG